ACCGAAUCUGGGAACAGAUGGUGUGUUGAUAGCCAGGUGAAUUUGAAUCAUGCUUAUUGAAAUGAAAUCGACUCUGGUCUGUUUCACUUUGAGCCUGGCAGUCGUAGGUGUGUACAGUGACAUGACGGUGACGAUCCACCCUCAGUGGCUGGCACAGGGAGGUAGUGCUCGCUACGACAGCAAUAGGUGGAACAAGCACAAUAGCCUGGAUCAUGAGGAUAUUAUUCCCAAAUGUCGGAACCUUCGGACUGACGCUGGGCGCUGGAAUAACAACGGUCUUCAGUAUCAGCUCUUCGCAGAUUGGCCUGAGGACCCAAACCGGAGCGGCUACCCAGAUCCCAGCUACCUGAAGAAUGCCACCAAACAGAAGGAACUGUUUUCCUUGUAUCUUGACAACAUUAACAGUGGUUAUGAGAACGAUAUGAUCAUGAUGUCUGAAGGUCUGAGUAUUUACCCGAGUUGGCUGAACCAGUCUGAACAUGCAGGUCAGUUCCCAAACAACAUCGAUGCUGCUGCAGAGUUCAUGAUGUUGAUGGUGCAAGGAAUUUACGACUUCACCAACGGUCGGAUCCCACCCUACAUUGAACCUAUAAAUGAACCCGACCCCAAAUAUAAGAUCUUGAAUUUAACGACUGCUGCUCUAUUCCACAAACUAGUUGCGGAGAAGAUCCAUUCAAGGUUCAACAUGAAGGUUGCUGGUCCUACACUUGACGGUUUUGCCAGAAAUUCAGAUCAAAACAACUUUACCCAUUGGAAAUCAGUGGCAAAUUUCAUGGACAUUACUCGAGGCUAUAUAGACGUGUUUUCCUUUCAUUCAUACAACGCUCUUAUUGUUUCUGGAAAAUCUCACAAGUUUACUGGGAUGAAUGAAGCACGAUUGGUAGCAUUUGUCGACCUGGUUGAAAGUUAUGCCUAUCUGAAGACAGGGAAGCUUUUACCGCUUGUUAUCAGUGAAUAUGGUCGUGGCAUUGUGGAAGGAAUUAGCAAAACUGAUCCAUCACCAAUAGUGGAUUUUGCAACAAUUUACCACUCUAAUGCCCACCGAUUCACUCAGCUAGGUCUCCGGGAAUACAUUGACAGAUCAGUGGUGUUUCUUUUAGCCCAAGUACAAUAUCCAUAUAACAAUUGGUCACUUUUCACUCGCGGAGGACAACCCAACAGUGUCACCGACGUAUACGAGUUUUGGUACAAAUUCACCUCCGAUUACUCCUUUAUCAGAACUACCAGCCAGUAUGAUGGAGAAGAACGAAUCGUUUCACCGUUAGCAAUGUCAAGUACACGGAAUAACGAAACGGUCAUUCUCUUACAUAGUUAUUCUCAGAAGUCACAGAAUGUCAGGCUAGAUUUUAAAGACGACUGGAUCAAACCAACUACAGGAGAAGCUACCUGUGUCACCAUCAAGGACAACUGGUACCCAGUCAUCACCUUCAAUAACACAUUCGACAUCCAGAAGACAAAAGGAAUUCUAGAACUCCCUCCUGAAGCAACUUGUCAUUUUACAUUUAAGACCCCAUCAGAACAACUACCUAGAGUCACACUCGAUGAAACAACAUACUACGGAGCUGCAAUACUUAUUCCAGUCAAGGGCAAUAUUGCCAUGACAGAAAUAUCUCUACCUAAAGCCCAAUAUCACAGCGCUAGACUGAGAGUUGCAGCCAGUUGGCCGGACAAUGAAACAAACAGUGUAUCAUAUCUUACCUUUAACGACCACCGCCUUGACUCUUUCUAUCAGCUGUUUGAUGCCAACAUGAUUAAAAGCACCACCUACUGGGAGGUUUGGGAGUUCGUAGUCCCUACCUCCCUGUUUGACACUGGGGCUAACCAGGUACAGGUUCACUUCUCAAACAACAUGAGAGCUGGACACGUUUCUUCGGUUGCUCUUGUUACAGCUCAGCUCGUUCCUCCUGAUUUCAAGUGAAGAUAGUGUUAACAUUAUGACAAAUUCCUCAAACUGGAUGUCAUUAAACAAUUGCCAUCAAUAAACUAUUGAUGUCACUUUA